AUGGCUUUCUUCAACUUUCUUCUAAAAUCUCUUACUCUCACUUUCAUUGUCUUCUCUCUACACUUCUUGCCUUCUUUCCCUUACACUCCCUUUGUGUUUGGGGACUCUUUGGUCGAUGCUGGAAACAAUGACUACAUCUUUACUCUCUCCAAGGCUGACUCUCCUCCCUACGGCAUCGACUUCACCGCUUCCGGCGGCCGCCCUACUGGUAGAUUCACCAAUGGUCGAACUACAACUGACAUAUUGGGUCAAGCACUUGGAGAAAAAUCUUUUCCUCCACCAUAUUUAUCUCCUAAUACCCGUGUCAGCGAUGGGAUUUUCAGAGGGGUUAAUUAUGCUUCCGGAGCGUCAGGAAUCUUAGACGAAACCGGCUACUUAUUUCUACUAAUUCUUGAGCAGAUAGGAAGAGUUCCAUUAAGAAAGCAGAUAGACUAUUUUGAGGAAAGUAGAGACUACAUGGUGAAGAUGAUGGAAGAGAGUGGUGCAACACAGCUUCUCAGGAGGGCUAUUUUCUCUAUAACAAUUGGGUCCAAUGAUUUUUUGGACUAUUUUGAACCUUCCAUUCCUUUCAUUGGAAGUGGCAAGAUGUCCCCAAUGACGCUCCAAGAUGAAAUGGUUUCAAAUUUGACAUUGCAACUCAAGCGACUACACAAGCUUGGAGCGAGGAAAUUCAUCGUCGUCGGUGUUGGACCUCUCGGAUGUAUACCAUUCGUUCGUGCAUUGAUGCUGGUGCGAAAUGGAGAGUGCUCGUCCAUUGCGAAUAAACUGAUCCAGGGCUACAAUAAGAAAUUGAGCAAAAUGUUGGAUCAAUUAAAUGAAGAGUUGGGGCCAGAAACAAUUUUUAUUUAUGCAAAUUCCUAUGACAUUGUUGCAGGAAUCAUCCGAAAUUACCGGAAAUAUGGGUUUGAGAAUGCAUAUGAUCCAUGUUGUGGUGGCAACUUCCCUCCAUUCAUUUGCUUUAAGGGACACAACAAAAACGAGAGCUCUGAUUUAUGCAAGGACCGCUCUAAGUAUGUGUUCUGGGAUGCGUACCAUCCAACAGAAGCAGCUAAUAUCAUCAUCGCUGGAAAACUACUGGACGGUGACGAAACCGUCGCUUCCCCAAUCAACCUUCGCCAACUCUACAGUUACAGAUCUUGAUCGCAACCGUCCAGAUGCUCAUGAAAGAUGGGGAGGUUACUAACAUGGACCGUUAGAUGCGCUCCACUUAGAUGCUUGAUUAGUGGGCCGCAAGAAGGUUUUGUUUGAAAAAAGUUUGCAUAUGUAAUAGAAUAAAAUUUUGGUACGUGCUUUCUUCGAGUGCCAUGUUCAUGCAUGUCAAGGAGAAUGAGCAGAAUGAAGUAU